AUGAAAGAUCUGGUCAGUGCCCUUAUUUUAUUGUUCACUCUGAUGUCACUUAUCACUUUUACCAGUGGAACACAGCCUCAAAAUGGCGGCCAGUUCACUCAACGCGAAAUAGACGCCUACAAGAGAUGCAAAAGCACAACUUGUGUUGCCCGAGUCUCUCUUUGUAUCAUAAAUAAAGAUUGCGCAAACUGCAGGCCUAUAGCUGGAAAAAACUGUACAUGUUGCGAGGACUGCUUCAGAUGCCUUGGUCAGAAACUCUGGAAAAAAUGUUGUGAUUGUGUUGGUCUCUGCACUCACACUCCUCGCAAUGACACGAACAGCACGCAGCAAAUAUCAAGCAGUUACGGUGACUUGAGCAGGUCUAUACCAACUAUGUUUGACAUUAUCAGUCAAGGAUCACAUUUUCCCAUUGCCUUCAUGACAAGGGGCAAAAAAGGUUGGUAUUUUGUGUUUGAAGAAGUCUUAAGUUUAAGAGCGAUUAUUCGAAAAAGGUACCAGCACCUAUCAGAAGUUGGCUAAUGACUCGGUUUCACGUUCGCCAGAUGAAUUGAUCGAAAAUGCUCAAAUUGGUAAAACAAAAUAUCGUUUUUGCUAUCACAUUGCACUAAAGAAAGGACAAUCAAUCUCUGGAUGAGAUUGUUACUCCAGAUACAAUGAUAAAGAUAUUUAUGCACAAUUAAGAGUACCAAUAGAACGACAUCCCUUUGGAAAUAUUUUACGGUGAUGUUUCAACGCUUUCCUAUUUGACUUAUCAACUUUUGUUGGCUCCUCGAGAAAGGGGGCAAUGACUUCUAAAUGCAGAAUCAGCAAUUAGCAGCACCGCAUGUGUUGGAUACCCUAAACUUUAUUGCAAAGAUAUAGAAAGUUGAUCUUGAAAACUCUGCCUUAUUGUUAAGCGGUGUUGUGGAGAAUACCCCUAAUUUUUCAAGAGGCAGAACUAUCCUGUGGUGAUAUUAAAAUGUCGAAAUCAAUCAUGAACAGUUGAUCUAGGCUUGACGAGCGUUCGAAUACCGCCAGCUCUCGAUUCAAAAACACCUGAAAUAGAAAAUAUAGUCCUUCAAAACGAACCAUGAAAUACAACAAAAGGAUCGCGUACACGCGCGUACAUGUUUGAAACAAUACAAAUCCUUCUGAACUGAUUUUAAGUGCCUAAUUCAACAUGACGAAAAUGGACAGAAGGGUACAGUUGAAUGAAAAUUAAAUUAAUUAAUUAAAAGCGAAUCAAAUAUUGCGGCAUUUGGAUCGAUCUACGUUAUUCCUUUUGUUUGUGGUUCGUUAGUCCAAGAAUAAUCACUUUGAAAUAAUCAAACGAUAAAGAUCGUAAAAUCAAAGCGUCGAUCGAUUUUGAUAGGCUCGUACAUAUCAUGUAAUUUUUCAAGCAUUCUGAAACGCAACUGUCUCAAAACACAAUUAAAUUUCUCCAAAUUUCACUCAAUGAAGUACAGUAAGAAAUCUUCGAUUUCUCUAUCAAUAUUUUUCCCAAAAUAAAUCUGGUUUUUAAGAAAAAAAAUUUGGCCCUGCCUGUUCCUCUGCGUUUACCGUCAGUUUUGUUAUGAAUUCGCUGACACUGAGCGGUAACAGUCUCCAUCAACGGGAACUCCAACGAAAAAGUAAUACCAACUUUCGUAUCGUGAGAACUUAGCUCAUCGAAUAAUUUAUUUUUGUUUAAUUUCGCGUUCUCAAGUGGUUGCUGAAUCAGGUUGCUUUGUGCUUAUUUAAGGCGCUGCGGUCAAUACAUACAAGUUUGUCUUCCAUAAAAUCAAUGGGAUAUUAACCUUAGUAAGGCGGUUGGGCGAGUAAAAUAGUAAACUACAGUGUUACAGUAAGUAUGCAUAAUCAAAACUGCAACAAAAUGAACUAAAAAUGUAACUAUGUAUGAGAAGCUGAGCCGGUUAAUCCACUGAGGCAACACGAGUGUGCUAUGUUCGCUAAAAACAUCGCAUCUAAUGACUAUUCUGGUCUACUGUGGACAUUCUCUAUGUAAUCAUCUGGCUUAGUUUACGUAUCGUAAAUAGACCUUUCAUACAUUUAUCGCUCCGUAAAUCACAGUCCUUAAAAUGGCACGCGAAAAUUGCACAAUGCUUCAUACUCAGCCAAAUAACAACUAAUAUACUACGGAAAAGCAAUAUCACAAACUUAUUUUAGUAUCACUUUCUUUUUUUGGAUCGAGAAAUUGCAAUAAUAAAAAGGGCGGAAAGAGAAGAAAGCGCACUUUAAAACUGUCACGUUUGCCAAAUAUCUAAUGGUCUCAAAUACUGGUACAAUAACUGAGUGCACACUUUUUCGAAGGUAUCUUUAGAAAAAAUACUUUCUGCCAUGCAUUCAACAUCGUCUUUCCCACUCUAUAUUGCAGGUUCGUCAAACCAUUGCAAAGUAGCUUUCUUUCAUAGGUGCGUCGCGAAAGAAGAUUGCAUUGUGUCCUGCGGGGACAUGGGAUCUCAUAGGUACCGCUGGUUCCGGAAUGGCUGCUGUCAGUGCGUAGGGCACCGAUGCAGAGACUACGGAGAACUUCAACCUCUCUGCCAGAUGUGCGGGAUCAAUUAA